AUGAAGGCGAACUCGAUCGCUCAACUCGCCCUCGCCGUCCUUGCCUCCCCCGGCGAGGCUGCCGCUGCACCAUGUCAACAAAGCUGCGCCGAGCUCUCCUCGACCUUCGGCACUGCGCUUUUCUACCCGCGAAACGACACCACGCAGUUCUGGGACCAGAAGCAGCAACUCGCCGGCCAAAUCUGCCGCGUAGAGCCCUCCGCCCCGGAAGACGUAGCCAAGGCGCUCGCCAUCGUGAUCACGAACGCGUGCCCCUUUGCCAUCAAGGGCGGCGGCCACUCGCGCGAGGUCAACGACUCCAACGCCCCCGGCGGCGUGACCAUCGACACCGCGCGCAUGCGCAAGGUCGUGCCGGACGAGGAUGACAAGAUGGUCGUGACGCUCGGCGCGGGGCAUAACCUCGGGAGCACCCUGACCGCACUCUCUAGCCUGAACUUAUCUUUUCCUGUCGGGAGAGUCAGCUCCAUCGGGCUCGGCGGCUUUCUCCUGGGCGGCGGACAGGGCGAUCUCGGCGGCAAGCUCGGCUUUGCAAUGGACAAUGUGCUCGAGUACGAGAUCGUCCUCGCCAACGGCACCAUCACCACCGCCUGUCCCACCACCAACCCCGACCUCUACUGGGCCCUCCGCGGCGGCGGCGGCAACAACUUCGGCAUCGUCACCGCCUUCAAGCUCCGCGCGGUCCCGGAGACGCCCAUCUGGGCCGCCACGACGCGGUUCGCCGACAACCAGACGGCCGCGGUGACCGAGGAGCUCGACAAGCUAGUCACUGCGUCCAGCGCCGACCCGAACGUGAAUUUCUACACCGACUACCGCAUCGCGCCCGCGACGGGCGAGUUCGUGUACACGGUGCAGCAGCGGUACCUCAACGCGACGGCGUCCCCGGCGGCGUAUAAUGGGCUGAACGCGGUACCGUAUUUGUCGAGGACGGGGAAUUUGACGUCGCCUAAUUUUGCGAGUGAUGUUGCUUAUGGCGUUCGACACAUCUUCGUCUCUCUAAGCUGGCACUCCUCCCCAGCAAUGCUCCAACGCGCCGCCUCAAUCUUCAAAACCGAGGUCCUCAAAGUACAGAACGUAAGCGGCCUCACCGCCGGCAUGGACUCGCAACCCAUCACGUUCUCCGCGCUGCGCAUCGCCAAAGAGCGCGGUGGCAAUGCCCUCGGUCUAUCCGGCGACAAGGCCAUCCUCGAGAACCUCAUCACCAUCGCCUGGGCCAACGCCACCGACGACGCGGCAAUGUACGCCUUCGCGGACGCCUGGCUCGCGAAGACAGAGGCCGCGUCCCGCGAGCUGGGCGUCUUCGUGCCGUACCGCUACAUGAAUCACGCGUUCCGCAGCAGGCAGGACGUGCUGGGCUCGUAUGGCGAGGAGAACCUGGCCCGGCUGAGGACAGUGCAGCGCGCGGUUGAUCCGGCGGUCCACCUCCGCGCAAUCCUCUCCACAAACACAACCCUCACCACCGUCCUCGCCCGCGCCGCAGCCCUCAACCUGCCGAACUGGUACCUCGCCGCCGGCGCCGUCUCCCAAACAAUCUGGAACCACAUGAGCGGCCUCCCGCCCGCCACCGGCAUCCACGACUACGACCUCGUCUACUUCGACGACACAGACCUCUCCUGGGAAGCCGAGGACGCGGCCAUCCAGCGCGGACGGGCGCUCUUCGCCGACAUCCCCGCUGAAGUCGAGAUCCGGAACCAGGCGCGGGUGCAUCUGUGGUACGAGGCCAAGUUCGGCGCGCCGUGUCCGCGGCACGAGAGCGUGGAGGCGGGGAUCGAUAGCUGGAUUGCGACGAGCGCGAUGAUUGGCGUGCGGGUGGAGGCGGAUGGGGAGUGGAUGGUGUAUGCGCCGCGGGGGCUGUCUGAUUUCUUUAACAUGGUCGUGAGGCCGAAUCCGCAGAUUGGGGUGCGGGAGAAGUAUGAGGAGAAGGCGAGGCGGUGGUUGGGUAUUUGGAAAGAGUUGACGGUUAUGCCUUGGGUUGAGAAGGAAGAGCCCCUGAAGCUGGUCUCAUGA